AUAGAGAGAAGAAGGGUAGUAAAGAUCUAGCUAGCAUCUAUCUCAGAUUCUCAAAAAGGAGGGGAAAUAUCAUCAGAAGGGUAGCUAGAUAUAUAGAAGCAAUAAGCUAAUUAAGGACUUUAAAGCAACAGAAUGCUUCCCAACGAUGAGCAAGAAAGAGAUAUGCUGCUUGAUAAAAUGCAACUCCUUCGAUCCGUCACCAACUCUGACGCUAUGAGUGAAACAUCAAUCAUAAUGGAUGCGACCAGGUAUAUCCAAGAGUUGAAGGACAAGGUUGGAAGAGCAAACCAAGAAUCGGAAUUCGCAGCUGCCUCUCUAAUUUCAACAAACAAUACCAACUCUUCAUCGCCAUCUUGCCCGAAAUUUUCCGUAGAAUACCUAGAAAAAGGUUUCUUUGUGAAGGUAUACUCAGAAACAAGUUGUCCUGGUCUUCUUGUUGCUUUACUUGAAGCUUUUGAGGAGUUGAGUCUUAAUGUUUUAGAAGCUAGAGUUUCUUCAAUGGACAACUUUCACCUACAAGCAAUUGGUGGAGAGAAAAAAGAAGACAAUGAAGAUGGUCGGAUGAAUACAGAAGUGGUGAUAGAAGCACUUCAAAGAGCAAUAAAAAAUUGGUGUGAGAACAACUAAGGUCAUCAAUAAUUACUCAAAAUAUUUAUGUUCUUUUUAUUUUGACCUUGUUGAUUGUGAAACUAGCAUUCUAGCUAGAAAGCUAGGGUUAAGUAGUUUAGUUAUACAUAUGGAUUUUGUAAUCACUUGUUAUUCAAUCUAUGGUAAGUUGGUAAUCACCAACAAAUAUAUUUAUGUGCAUGAUCUUCAUAAAUUGGGGUG